GGUUUCCCUCAGAACUGCAAGACGCCGAUAUUGCGUUACAUUGUAGCAAAAUGGCGGCUGUCAUUCAGAAUCCACUAAAAGCGUUGGGCGACCAGUUCUAUAAGGACGCCAUAGAGCAGUGCCGCAGCUACAAUGCUCGCCUGUGUGCUGAACGCAGCGUCCGCCUGCCAUUCCUGGACUCACAAACUGGUGUGGCCCAGAACAACUGCUACAUCUGGAUGGAACGACACCACCGCAGCCCCGGGGUCGAAGCCGGGCAGAUGUACACAUACCCCGCCCGCUGCUGGAGAAAGAAGAGACGGCUGCACAACGCCACGGAUCCCCGCCUGGGCAUCUACGGUCUCAAGCUCGACAGCGUGAAGGACACCUUGCCCACCCAGAGCACCACGCUGGAGGCUCUGCUACGAGGAGAGGGUCUAGACAAGAGGAACAACUCUAAGAACGAUGAGGAGAGCCUGCUGGAGAUCCAGAGAGUUCUGGAGGCAGACGCAGCAGAAGAUGCUUUCAACGAUGACGACGACUAUGAGGUGGACACUCCCAAGAGGAGACAUCGGGGCAAAGGAAGAGGUCGGGGUUCAGGCCGCAAGAAGGCAGAUAUGGAUGACGACAAGCCAUAUGUCUGUGACAACAGAUACAAACAAAAGCAGAACUCAAAAUCUUCGGCCUCAGUCUGUGCGAAGCGCUACAGGAACCGUACAGGACUAAGCUACCACUACACCCAUUCGCACCUGGCAGAGGAGGGCAGAGCCGGAGAGAGAAGCUCAGUGGCGUCUAAAUCCCCCUCUGCACAACCGACUGACAGACACAAACGUCCAAAGGGUCCAGGUGGGACCAAUAUUUCCAACAACUACUGUAAUAAAUGCCAGGGCUCGAUCAAGAAAACGGGUAAAUCUGGAUCUCCCUACUCAACCUGCCAAUGCAAAAGUGGGGGUGACCAGUGAAGAAGAGGAUUUUACUCUGGAAAAACUGAUGAUGAUGAGCCUUCAUGUCCCUUCUGAUUUGGGCCUAAAAUAACGGACUGAAACGGAUCAACAGACAUCCACCACUUUAACAGGCCAUGUGGCUUAAUUGAAGCAACUGCUCCCUUGAUGAUAUGUAUUGAUCCCUUCUGAACAUUUGAUAUGCGAGUAGAUCCAGCUUCAUUUCAUCCUUUCUGCACUGUGCUGGAGCUCUGCUGAGCUAUGGGAACACUAAAGGCCAGGCCUUUGGACUGUUUGUGCCCCUCGGCCCAGCCUGCCCACUCCUGCUCUGUGACUGUGUGUCUGCCGUGUGAUCCGAUGUGACACUAAGACGUCAUAAUCCUCAUCACUGUGCCAGCCUGCCGCUCUGCACUGGAAACCAGCUCUGACAGCCAUGACCCCUCCAACCUGAUUGGACCAGUGACCCCUGACCCCAGCCAUAGACAUGGUGCUCAAAUCCACCACUAUUACAUGCAGACCUCUGGACUACUGUAUUAACAGCCUGACAUGGACGCAAAGGUUUUAUCUUUCUGCCUCUGUCUGUUUUUGCUCUAGAUUUCCUGAGCCUCUCUGAUCUUAUUCUAAAUUUGAAUGCGUCGCAGUAAUUUAGCUUAUUUUAUUUUCAUCUUUUCUCUGUUGUAUAAUAUUUCUAUGUUUUGAACUCUUUAAAGUUUGAUUAGUAUGACUUCUUGGGUUUGUUCAGACUGUAUUAAUACCUCGGUUCUGAUCAGGUGCACAAUAGCCACAACUACUCAGGCAUCUUUCAUUUUCUUUGCUGUUGAUUGUUCAGCCCUGGUUCAUGUGAUUGUAUUCAGUUGGCAAGGAGGGACAAUAACGCCACAAAAGGAUACCAUUAUAAUCAACUCCCAAGAGGCAUUUGGGUUGUUGCAGUCUCAUUUUAUAGGAAAACAUUGCUAUAACAAACUUCGACUUUCCGUUUCAAAUCUACAGUCUCGGCAGAUUGUGACAGCAGUGGGAAUAGUCUCUGAUGCAUUUGAAAACAAUAUUGUUGCUAAAGAGACAUAACUCUGCUCAGAUCCACAUGCUAAGGGAGAAGUGAAAAUUGUAUAUCCAAGUUAUGUGACAUUUCUGUUGAGUGCUUUAGAGGGACUAAUUGCUUUAUGACAUUUAGAAGGUGCUUGCAGUACUGUAUCAAAAAGCAUUUUAGGGCGAUAGGUUGCACAUACUGUGUAAGAGCUCUGGGUCCUUCCAUGUGAUUAUAAAGUAUUGCUGCAAUGUAUUAUUAGCUGCUCCGUUUUUUAAGCUAACCAUUAAUCCUAUGUCUGGUAUGACUUGUGUAAAUGCUUGUGCAUUCAAACCAUCUUUCUUCGCUUCCCUCAGGGACCCUCCACGCAACAGUUUCUCCUUUUGGAGAAAGAAUGGAUCUGAGACUUCUCAAUUAUCUUCUGUCUUCUUCUCUUGUAUCAGUUAUUUGAUGUUUCCACAGUUAAAUGGGUCAUUGUGUCUUUUUUUUCUUCCAAAGUCAUGCCAGUAAGUGAAAGCAUGUGUUCUUCAAUCAUAACCUGCUUAAUGUUACCUACCGUAUAUGAACAGGCCUAGUGUGGUGCAGUUCUGAACAAAAGGAGACGCUCCUAAAUGCAAAAGUCAGUGAUGUCUGCUUCGACUUACCGUAUGUGUCACCAAUCAUUGAAUAGCCUGUAUACCUCGUCAACGACACAGCAAUAGGCCCUGGUAUUCUCUUGUCAAAGCCUGCCGGGGGUGGAGAAGGAGGAUAAGGGUGGGAACGGAGCCAGGAGGAGAUGAAAUGGACAUGACUGGGCAUUUGUUUCAUCUUUAGCUGUAAAUACAAAAUCGAAAUGGAGAGAAUGAAGAAGUCUUUGUUUGUUAAACUAUUUUUAUUGUUCUGAAAAAAUAAAGAAAAAGAAUGAAUGGUAA